AUUUUUCAAAAAGCCUUCCUUUCCUCAACUAAACCCCGCGUUUUCUUCUCCCUCCCUCUUCCUCCUACCCAACCCAAUCAUUUCCCGCUGGACCUCCAUCUCCCCAUCCUUCUCCACCGCCGUUCACCGCCCAGAAAGGCCGAAACCCUUCUUUCGCCACAAUUCAGAACCACCUUAAACCUUUCUUCCCUUUUGUUUUUUUCUCUCAAGCCUUUAAGCAUCACAGAGUAUGGGAAACUGUAACACCUGUGUGAGACCAGACUCCAGCCCGGAGUCCAAGACGCACCGUACAAAUCACAGACGCAAGAAGAAGUCCAAAGAUCGGAAGCCAAAUCCCUAUGCGGAGGAAUCUGUCCGAUCCCCGGCUCCGAUCCGGGUAUUGAAAGACGUGAUUCCCCUCAGCCACCGCCCUCGGAUUGGUGACAAGUACAUUCUGGGCCGUGAACUCGGCCGGGGAGAAUUCGGCAUCACAUAUUUGUGUACUGACCGAGAGACUAAAGAUGCGUUGGCAUGCAAGUCGAUUUCCAAGCGAAAACUACGGACGGCGGUGGAUAUAGAGGACGUGAGAAGGGAAGUGGCGAUCAUGUCCCGCUUACCGGACCACCCAAAUAUAGUGAAGCUGAAAGCGACUUACGAGGACCAUGAAAACGUGCAUUUGGUGAUGGAGUUGUGCGAGGGAGGGGAGCUGUUCGACAGGAUAGUAGCCAGAGGACAUUACAGCGAGAGAGCGGCAGCCAAUGUUGCCAGGACGAUAGCUGAGGUAGUUAGGAUGUGUCAUGAGAAUGGAGUUAUGCAUAGAGACUUGAAACCCGAGAAUUUUCUGUUUGCUAAUAAGAAAGAGAAUUCCGUGCUUAAGGCUAUUGAUUUUGGACUCUCAGUAUUUUUCAGGCCAGGAGAGAGGUUUACAGAGAUUGUUGGGAGUCCAUAUUACAUGGCACCAGAAGUGUUGAGGCGUAAUUAUGGUCCAGAGGUUGAUGUGUGGAGUGCUGGAGUGAUACUUUAUAUUUUAUUAUGUGGCGUUCCUCCAUUUUGGGCAGAGACUGAGCAGGGUGUUGCUCUGGCAAUUCUGAGGGGAGUGAUUGAUUUUAAGAGAGAACCAUGGCCUCAGAUUUCAGACAGUGCUAAGAGUCUUGUUCGGCAGAUGUUGGAGCCAGAUCCUAAAAAGCGCUUGACUGCUCAACAGGUGCUUGAACAUCCCUGGCUACAAAAUGCAAAGAAAGCUCCAAAUGCCCCAUUGGGAGACAUUGUGAGGACAAGGCUUAAGCAGUUUUCAUUGAUGAAUAGGUUUAAGAAGAAAGCAUUGCGGGUAAUUGCGGAACACCUAUCUCUUGAAGAGGUUGAAGUAAUCAGAGACAUGUUUGCAUUGAUGGAUACUGAUAAUGAUGGAAAAGUAACGUAUGAGGAACUGAGGGCUGGUCUUCGGAAGGUUGGUUCACAGCUGGCUGAACCAGAGAUAAAGAUGCUUAUGGAAGUGGCUGAUGUUGAUGGGAAUGGAGUGCUGGACUAUGGGGAGUUCGUAGCUGUAACAAUUCAUUUGCAGAAGAUGGAGAAUGAUGAACACUUCCGCAGGGCAUUUAUGUUUUUUGAUAAGGAUGGUAGUGGAUAUAUAGAAUUAGAUGAGCUACGAGAGGCCUUGGCAGAUGAAUCUGGUGAAACGGAUAAUGAUGUGCUGAAAGACAUCAUGCGUGAAGUUGACACUGACAAGGAUGGAUGCAUUAGUUAUGAAGAAUUUGUUGCUAUGAUGAAAGCUGGAACUGACUGGAGAAAGGCAUCUAGACAAUAUUCAAGGGAGAGAUUCAAGAGUUUGAGCCUCAACCUGAUGAAGGAUGGUUCAUUGCAACUCCAUGAUGGGCUCACUGGUCAAUCCUAUGCUGUCUAAACCAAACAGUUAAAUGAUUUUGUUUUGUUUGUGGUCACUGAAUGUUCCUGUCUUAUUAAUUAUAUUCCAUAUGGGGAGUCUAGCCCGUGGGUUUCACACAAUGCAAGUUUUAGGAGACACACUGAAUAUUCUUGGGUUCAAUAGGACGGACUCAGUUGGCUAUAGGCAGCAUGAACCAUGCAUCAGAGGAUUGGUUCACGACAGAUAGCCAAAGCUUGGCAUUGUGGUGGCAUACAUUACAGGUUCAAAUUAGUGUCGCAUUGCUUUGUAUAUUUGUUUUUUCAUUGGCAUUAGAUGAUUUUCUUUUCUUCCAAGUGCUUUUCUGACUUCAUGCAGAAUCCCCAUUGGAAUUGUUUGUUUGUAAUGAGAACUUUGAGCUAGUGUCAAAUGUUCUAGUUUUGCAACUAUUUGAAAGGCAUAUUCCAGAAUCUGGAGUGAUGGGAAUUUUGCCAUUAUGGCUA